AUCUCACUCAACUACGUACGUACACAAACAGUUAAUACAACUCACACACAGCUAAGAGAGGUAUAGUAGUUGGCUAGCCACAUCAAGCACGCACCAGCUAGCCACCAGCCAUGGCCGGAAAGUUCCCCACCGUCCUCGUCGCCUGCUUCGCCGUGCUCCUGUCCCUCGCCGCGCCAUUGCUCGCCGGCGAUCCCGACAUGCUCCAGGACCUCUGCGUCGCCGACUUCAAGUCGCUUGAAGGCCCGCUGAGAGUGAACGGGUUCCCGUGCAAGCCGGAGGCGAACGUGACGGCGGACGACUUCUUCUUCCCCGGGCUGGGCAAGCCGGCCGACGUGUACUCCGGCAACCCGAUGGGGUCGGCGGUGACGGCGGCGACGGUGGAGAAGCUCCCGGGGCUGAACACGCUCGGCGUGUCCAUGGCGCGCGUCGACUACGCGCCGUGGGGCGGCGUCAACCCGCCGCACUCGCACCCUCGCGCCACCGAGAUCCUCUUCGUAGCCGAGGGCCUCCUGGAGGUGGGCUUCGUCACGGCGGCGAACAGGCUCUUCACCCGCACCGUCCCCAGGGGCGGCGUCUUCGUCUUCCCGCGCGGCCUCGUCCACUUCGAGCGGAGCGUCGGCGAGAAGCCCGCCGUGGCCAUCUCGGCGUUCAACGGCCAGCUCCCCGGCACGCAGACCGUCGCCGACGCGCUGUUCGGCGCCUCGCCGGCGGUGGCCACCGACGUGCUGGCCCGGGCGUUCCAGACCGACGGCGGCGUGGUCGACAACAUCAAGUCCAAGUUCCAGCACAAGUAGGGCGUGCAUGCCCCCUGAGCGCCGACGUGUGAACAAUCACGUAUACAUACGUACGGAUGCAUUAACUAAUAAUACGAAAAAAUGCGUAUGUAAUCGCGUGACGCGACACGUACGCAUAACGCGUAUAUGUGAUUAUGUACACUAAACCCCAUUUUAUUUAUUGUAUCAUGAAAAUGAAAUACGGUAUACGUACCGUAUAUAUGUUGUGGAUACGUCACGGGCCCAUGUAUUUGCACCAAAGCCCACGG